UGCUAGUGCAGAUGUUGACUAGAGCUCGUGCACUGCAGCAGCAUCAACGCGUUUUACACCGUAAGCCGGACUGUUUUCAAAGAAGAGCCCUUCAAAUUAUACUUUCACCAUGGGGAAGGUUGAAGGCGGGAUGAAAUGUGUGAAAUAUCUCCUCUUCGUGUUCAAUUUUAUAUUUUGGUUGAUAGGCUCGCUGGUUCUGGCUGUGGGCCUCUGGCUCAGACUUGAUCCAAAUACUGUGUCUCUUCUCGGAGAAGACGGCCCUGAAACCUUCUUCAUCGGGGUCUAUAUCCUCAUCGUGGCCGGGGCUCUGGUGAUGCUGGUGGGCUUCUUCGGCUGCUGUGGUGCCGUGAGGGAGUCUCAGUGCCUUCUGGGAUUGUUUUUCGCCUGUCUUCUGGUCAUCUUUGGGGCAGAAGUGGCUGCAGGAGUGUUUGGGUUCCUCAACAAAGAUGAGAUCAUUAAGGAAAUAAAGCAGUUCUAUGACGAAUCAGCAGGAAUCAAAGGCAGUAAUGAAACCAUCCAGUCCUACCAUUUAAUUCUGAACUGCUGUGGCUCACCUUCAACACAAACCAGUUUGUGUGAAGACGUCGGAUCAAACCAGACAUGUGAUGUGGCCAUUGAAGAGUUUUUCAACAGUAAGCUCUUCGUCGUGGGUUAUGUGGGGAUUGGAAUCGCGGGAGUCAUGAUCAUUGGCAUGAUCUUCAGUAUGGUCCUAUGCUGUGCAAUUCGGAAUAGCAGGGAGGUGAUCUAACACAGUCUUCCUCACCUAGACUUGACCUUUCACCUUUGAUGCUUAACCUUUGCUGGACUUGCAUAUACAACAUUAACAUUCAAACCGAGCUCAAGGUGUUCUUCUGCCAUUCAGGAGCUGAAAACAAACUCCACUUUCGUAAUCCUGUACACCUCAACCAACCAAUGGUUAGUCCGGCCUCGUCGUUUAAACUGUCAAAUUGCUGGAUUGUCUUUAUUUAAUGCCUGCUGGUUGGGUGCAGAACUGGAAGUUGUUAAAUUCGUUUUAAUAUCAUUUAGAUUUUGACUUCAGUUCUAGUGCAUACUGAUCUGCUCGUCCUGCGAUAGUUUGCAGAUUUAGGUAUUGAUGCUAUUCCAGGCUGUUGCUGCGUGGCUUCGCAUGUCAGAUAAAAAUAUUGUGUAAUGUGAUGCCAGGGGUUCAGUGGCAAACCCACGGCUGCUGGGAACUGUGAGAAGAAGACCCACAGAUGCCUUUCGCUUUACGUUUGUACACAAACAAAGUAGUCUUCUACAUCACCGACACAUUCCAAUCGCAAACAAAUGCUAUCCUGGAUCCGAAUGCGAAGGAUCAGAAACACACAUGUCGAUGAUCUUCAGAAGAAUACUUGUAUCCAUAUCAUAAAUGGACAGUCCACCCAAAAAUUUUUGUUUUAUAAUAAUUUACUCACCCUCAUGUUGUUCCAAACCUGUAUGUAUGGAAGCUUGUGAAUAAAACAAUUUAAAUUAUGAUUGCAACUUUUUAUCUCGCAAUUCUAACUUUUUAUUUUUUCUCAGGAUUGUGAAAUAUAAACUCACUUUUCUGAUAGAUGAAGUCAGAAUUGUGUUACAUAAACUCGCAAUUCUGAGAAAUAUUUUUUUUUGUCUUCUCAGAACGGGACUUUUUAAUGCACAAUUGCAAAUAUAUGUCUCACAGUUGUAAGAAAAAACUCACAGUUUCGAGAACAAAAGUCAGAAUUGAACGUUUAUACACUCUUAAAAAUAAAGGUGCUUCACAAUGCAUAACUUUACAACUCUCAAUUCUGACUUUAUAACUCACUAUUCUGAACUUAUAUCUUUAUAACUUUAUAACUUGCAAUUGACUUUAUAUAUCUCAAUUUUAACUUUAUAUCUUGGAAUUCUGACUUUAUAACUGCAAUUCAGAAUUUAUAGCGUAUCCUGGAAUUUUGACUUUAUGUCUCGCAAUUCUAUCUUGGAAUUCUGACUUUAUAUCUCAAUUCUGAUUUUAUAACUUGCAAUUCAUUAUGGCAAUUCUGACUUUAAAAUUCGCAAUACUGACUACAUCUCGCAAUUCUGAUUUUAUGUCGCAAUUCUGACUUCAUAACUCGCAAUUCUGAUUUUAUGUAGAAAUGAUGACUUUAUAUCUUGUAAUUAUGACUUCAUAACUCGCAAUUAUGACUUCAUAACUCGCAAUUAUGACUUCAUAACUUGCAAUUAUGACUUUAUAUCAGUUCAAUAGUUCAACUAAAAAUUGAACAGUUCAACUAAAAAUAGCACAAUUCUGACAUUAUAAUUCGCAAUUGUGAGUUUAUAUCUCAAUUUUGAGAAAAAAAAAAUCUGAAUUGUGAGAUGUAAACUCACAAUUGCAAGACAAAAAUUCAGAAUUGUGAGAUAAAAGGGUGGAAUUACCUUUUUAAUUGUUUUAUUCUGUGGCAAAAACAGGCUUCCAUAUGUAUGAGUUCCUUUAAACACUAAAGAUAUUUUGAAAAGUGUUGGUAACCAAACAGCUGACGUUAGCCACUGGCUUCCACACUAUUGAGAAAUACUAUGGAAGUUGAUGGUUACUAUAUGAAAUAUAAGGUUACCAACAUUCUUCAAAAUAUCUUCAUUCUUUGUUCAACAGCUGAAAGAAACUCAUACAGGUUUGGAACAUCUCCAGGGUGAUUUUUAGUUGAACUGUGCCUUUCAGUCUUGCUUCCCCUUUGAACUUCUCCACGUCUUUUCCAAUUUAGGAAAGGCACACUGACACAUAUUCCCGGCUCUGCUUUUCUUGCGUUUGAACUCACAUUGACCCACAGAUGAUCAGGUUUGUGUUAUGUAAUAGCCAGGCUCAUCUGAAGCCCCUACUGAUAACGGUACAGCCCGGUAUUCUCUGGCACGAUGGAGCAAAUCUUCUCAUUCCCAAGCUGGAUCUUAUGGUGUAGAGUUGCCUGGUUAUUUUACACAUGUUGCUAAGUAAAGACUCUGAAGAUCCACUGACACUGUCUUGAGCCUUCUAUAAUUGGUUGCAUCCAACCCUCUGCGCUGUGAAUAUGAAACGGAUCAGACAUGAACAACAUUUGAAUCAUUUGCUUGAUUCAUUCAACAGUUGAGGAUGAUUCAAGCAGUGUGCUUAAGUAGUGGAAUUAGAAGAAGAGUUGGUUGCACUUUAUUUUAAGGUGUCCUUGUUACAAUGUAAUUAAACAUUAGUACUGAGUGAUAUUAAUUAAAGGGUUAGUUCAGCCAAAAAUGAAUUAUGUCAUUAAUAACUCACCGUCAUGUCGUUCCAAACCCGUGAGACCUCGGAACACAGUUUAAGAUAUUUUAGAUUUAGUCCGAGAGCUUUCUGUCAUAGUUUGUUGUUAUUAUAAUAGUAAGUACAUGUAGCGUAUAACAAGAACACCUUAAAAUAAAGGGUUACUGAAGAGUUAUUUUUUUAUUAUUUCAACAUGCAUAUAAAUUGCAUACGUUAUAAAUGCAUUGGUUGACUUUGAAAUAAUUGGGAGACUGUCCAUGUGAAUUUCUUUGUACACACAUUCACUUAUUUAAUUAGUGGGGGUGGGGGGGUGGGGGCAGAGAUGGAAACAGGAUCAGGAAAGGAACUCAAAGACAUCUGUACCACAUGUUUUGAGGUUUUAAUUGGAUUUGGUUUCUCAGAUUUUCAGUGAGGUCUCAUACUAUUGAACCCCGCAUUUUUAACCUAAAAUUUUUAUACUGGCCAAAAAAUUGUCACUUAUUCUUCAACUUCGAAAGAUCAAAUUCAGGAUUCUGAAAUGAACACUGAAAUGACUCCAAUUUGUAAUGAAUCUAAUUUUCCACAUACUGAACUGAAUUGGUCCAGAUGUACUUACAGUCUCAACACACAUUCCCUUUGACAAUAUGUCAGCAACAUUUAGCAGAAAAGAUGGCCUACUAUCAAUAGUGUAGCAAUGCAUCAAGUGCAGCUCACACAGAAGUCACUUUCAAACCAAGCAGCUCUCUGUUGGUCAGUGGAAAAUGAAUGUGACCAACUUUACACAAAAUCUGUGUGGGGCAACAGUAAAAUUUACUGCAACAGUAAAUGUGAAUGAUCUGCAGUCUAACAUUCUGUGUAUGUAUCUGUGAGAGUUUCAUAAGUUGUCAUUGUAGGUGUAGCGAUCAUGGCCAUCUGUAUUGUGUGUAUAGAGGCAGUUUUGACCAGUGUACAGAAACUUUGGUUUCAUAUUAUGCAUUUGAAGGUGCCUGAAAAGGCAACAUAGUAUUUGUUGUUUGUUUGUUUUUUUAAUGAAAGGAUUGGGAAAGGAACAAAAUCCCUGUUUUGCUAUUUAUAAAGUGGCAGUCAUUGGUUGGUCAGAUGUAUUUCUGCUGGUGUGUCACUGCUGAAGUUCCUCAGGUUGAAACGGCAUUAGAGUAGCGAUUAGGAUACGUCAUAGUCAAUGCUAACAGAGAGUAACACAUGACAGAAGUGUUCGGUUCACAUUCAAUACUGAUGUAGAUCUAUCUUCAACCCUGUUCAGACUGUAAAAUAACUAGCAUGGAGCAUGUAGUGUGGCUUUCGAGUAGAGGCUCUGUUUUAAACUAUUAAGUGUGUCAUUCCUACACUUUGUGUAAACAAUGUCAAGAUUUUUUCGUACUGUAAAAAUAACACUGCAUUCUUUUAAUGUUAGUGUUUGUAAUUUGUGUUUAAUUUAUUUUUUUCUGAAGAACAAUUUCAAAAUAGCAUUCAAGUUUCUCAGGAACACUGCAGCAUGAGAACAAUAAAAUAGUUUGAAGUUUCUGA